CCGGCUUUCUCUCCUUCCCUUGUGUACUUCGGAGGCUGAGCCACCUCCAGGUGUGCGUGUGUGUGUGUGUAUAUAUAUGUAUGUAUGUGUGUGUGUGUGUGUGUGUGUGUGUGUGUACGGCAGGGGAGGGGGAGGACGAGCUGCGGAUGGAGAGCUGAACGCAACCCGGCAUCCAGGGAGGUAAAGCUUGAAUGAAAAAGACCCCGGAGCGCCAAGGAAACCUUGGGACUGUCCGCAGACCUGCUGCAAAGGAGACCCCACAUUUGACAAGCACCCCUUCACCCACCCCCACCCCCCACCCACUCACCAACGAAAAACAACCCCAGCAACAUGCAGCUGAACGGCGGCUCCGGGGAGAGCGGUGUCGGUGCGGCAGUCAGCAAAGGUUUAGCCCGCCAGGGCUGGCCUUGAAUCUAGCACAAAUGCAGCCGCAGAGGACGUCAACCGUGCCGAGCACAGAAAACGGUGUCCCGGGCCCGGGAGAGGAGGCAUCGGAAGAGGUCCGGGAGGAGCAGACACCAACCAAGCAGUCGCUGAGUACGUCUGUGUGCAGGGAGUCACACUGGAAGUGUCUGAUCCUCUCGCUCCUGAUGUAUGGCUGUCUGGGGGCCGUAGCCUGGUGUCAGCUAACUCGGGUCACCAAACUCAGCUUUGACAGCUCCCUGAAGGGCAAAUCCAUGAUCUACCAUGACAGCCCCUGCUCCAACGGUUACGUGUACAUCCCACUGGCCUUCCUGGCGAUGCUCUACAUGGUCUACCUGGUGGAGUGCUGGCACUGCCACGCCCGCAGCGAGCUGCAGCACAAGGCGGACAUCGACAGCGUGUACGAACGCAUCGGCCGCAUGCAGCGGGCAACCCCCUGCAUCUGGUGGAAGGCCAUCAGCUACCACUUCGUACGCCGCACCCGCCAGGUCACCCGCUACCGCAACGGCGACGCCUACACCACCACCCAGGUCUACCACGAGCGGGUCAACACGCACGUGGCUGAGGCCGAGUUCGAGUACGGCCGCUGCGGCGUGCGCGACGUCUCCAAGCAGCUGCUGGGCCUGGAGCGUCAUCCGGCCACCCGGCUACGCUUCACCAAGUGCUUCAGCUUUGCCAACACUGAGUCAGAGAACUGCUACCUGAACCAGCGGGCGCACUUCUUCAGCGAGGUCGAGGGGCUGGACGAUUACAUGGAGGCCCGCGAGGGCAUGCAGCUUAAGAACGUGGACUUCAAGGACUACAUGAUGGUGUAUGCCAAUCCCGACCGCCUGCCCUGGUACAUCACCCACUACGCCUUCUGGGCAGCCGGCCUGCUGAUGCUGUCGUGGCCCCUCCGGGUCCUGGUCGAGUACCAGACUGCCUACGUGCAUUACCACGUGGAGAAGCUCUUCGGCCUGGAAUACACGGCGGCAGCAGCCACUCCGAGUGACGAGGCGGGACUGUGCUCGCCCGUGGCCCGGGUGGGCACAGUGGACAGCACCGAGCUGGAGUGGCACAUCCGUAGCAACCGCCAGCUCAUCCCCAGCUACUCGGAGGCCGUGCUGAUGGACCUGGCCUCGCUCUCCAUCUGCAACGGCUACUCGACCUGCGGCAUCGUGCGCACCGACUGCGAUGGCCGCUCCAGCAGCUCCUCCAUCUUCUCCCGCAACGUGGGCCGCAGCCACUCGCGCUUCUCGCUGGACACCAGCCGCUUCUCGCUGUGCCGGGUGCAUGGCUCCGGCCGCACGGGCCUGUGGCGGAGCCGCAGCAGCAACCUCAACGAGCGCUCCCGUGACGACCAGUGCCGCUCCUACUCCAGCCAGCUGGCCAUCAGCGACAGCCCACCCAACUACCACGACGCCCGCUUCUUCCCCGUGCUCAUCGUCCACCGUUCCUGUCAGGGCCGAGACGGGGAUGGCCACAGGUAUUAUAUCCGACGGAACUCCUGCCUGGAAACAUCCUUGUGA